AUCAACGGCUUCUAUAACGCUUGAUGAAUUCGUAUGAGUUUAAAUUUUUAAUGAAUUUUCUUGUUCUAUAACUGUUGUUUUUAUGAUCUGAACAUGUUUAUUAAGUCAAUAGUGUUAGAUGGCUUCAAGUCUUACGGAAACCGAGUGGAAAUUACUGGAUUUGAUCCAGAAUUUAAUGCGAUCACUGGUCUAAAUGGGACUGGAAAAUCAAAUAUCUUAGAUUCUAUAUGUUUCGUACUUGGAAUCACAAAUUUAUCGAAUGUACGAGCAAGCAGCUUGCAGGAGCUUAUUUACAAGCAUGGGCAGGCAGGUAUCACCAAAGCAACAGUUAGCAUUACCUUCGACAACAGAGAUAAGAGACAAUGUCCGAUUGGCUAUGAGAAUCAUGAUGAGAUUACUGUCACUAGACAGGUGGUGAUGGGUGGUAAGAAUAAAUACCUUAUAAAUGGUAUCAAUGUCCAAAAUAAAAGGGUCAGUGACUUAUUCUGUUCGGUUCAGCUUAAUGUCAAUAACCCACACUUCCUCAUCAUGCAGGGAAGGAUUACUAAGGUGCUAAAUAUGAAACCUCCUGAGAUAUUAUCAAUGGUAGAGGAAGCGGCAGGUACAAGAAUGUAUGAAGCUAAAAAACAAGCAGCACAGAAAACUAUUGAGAAGAAAGAUGCAAAGCUCCGGGAACUUAAUGAUAUAAUAAGAGAAGACAUAGCACCUAAACUUCAGAAGCUGCAAGAUGAAAGAUCUCAGUUCCAAGAAUAUCAGAAGGUUGUCAGAGAACUGGAGAAUAUCACCAGGCUGUGUGUCGCUUGGAAGUAUGUUUCUGCUGAAGAGCAAACCAAAGCAGCAGAGGGAAAAGUCACGCAAGUGCAGGACGACAUUAAAUUGAAAAAAGAGACUAUUAAAAACAAUGAGAAAGAAAUGAAAGAGCUGGAUAAGCAAGUUGUUGACUUAAACAAAAAACUGGAUGAGGAGAGUGGGAAUGUCCUCAAGGAUUUGGAAGUAGAACUUCAAAACUUGGAGAAGGUUGAAGCAGCAGCAAGUUCACAAUAUAAAGGCAGCAAAGAAGCCCUGAGCGGACACGAGAAGAGAGUCAAACUACUCGAAAAGGCACUGGCUGAGGACGAGCAGGCUCUCACAUCAAAGCAACAGAUUCUUAAUGAGGUCUCGUCAACAUUCGAGAACCUUCGCACAUCUAGUGAGACCAGUGAGAAAGCUUUAGCGGAAGCACAACAGAAGUUCUUGGCCGUGAGCACCGGGAAGGAAGAUGCUUCUGAAUCGCUGCAGGACCAGCUAAUGGCUGCCAAACAACAGGCGUCGGAGGCGUCCACUCGCAUCACCUCGGCCAUGAUGGACAAGAAGCACGCCGAGGAGAGAUUGAAAACUUUGGAGAAGGAGUUCACUACCAGCAGCAAACAGUACGACGCGGACCAGGAGAGUAUCCGGCGGCAGCAGGCGCAGGUCGAGCAGCUGGAGCGCGAGCUGGCGGGCCUGGCGCACGACGAGUCCCGCGUGACGUCACUGGGGGCGGCGGUGCGGGGCGCGCAGGGGGCGGCGCGGGGGGCGCGGGACCGGCGGGACGCGCUGGCGGCGGCGCUGCAGCGGUGCCACUUCCGGUACUCCCCCCCCGACCCGCACUUCGACCGCGCCAGGGUCGCAGGUACCGUCUGCAAGCUGAUCGACGUGUGUGACCCGGUGUACUGCACCGCCCUGGAGACGGCGGCCGGAGGACGGUUAUACAAUGUAGUGGUGGACACCGAGGUCACGAGCAAGCUGCUGCUGCAGCAGGGCAACCUGCAGACCAGAACUACCAUCAUACCGCUCAACAAGAUCUCCGGACAAGUCAUCGACAAGAGAACCGUGCAGAUAGCGCAGGAGAUUGGUGGAGGUCCGGAGAACGUGCAGCUGGCCUUGGACCUGAUAUCGUUCGACAGCCGCCUGCGCCCCGCCAUGGCGUGGGUGUUCGGCUCCACGCUCGUGUGCCGCGACCUCGACACCGCCAAGCGCGUCACCUUCCACCGCGCCGUGCGCCGCCGCUGCGUCACGCUCGACGGCGACGUGUUCGACCCCUCCGGCACGCUCUCCGGCGGCGCCGCGCUCAAGGUGGGCUCGCACACGUCACGCACUACACCCGCGCCGGCACGCUCUCCGGCGGCGCCGCGCUCAAGGUGGGCUCGCACACGUCACGCGCACGCACUACACCCGCGCCGGCACGCUCUCCGGCGCCGCGCUCAAGGUGGGCUCGCACACGUCACGCGCACGCACUACACCCGCGCCGGCACGCUCUCCGGCGGCGCCGCGCUCAAGGUGGGCUCGCACACGUCACGCNCGAGAGUUCUGACGCACCAAGUCGUGACCGCAAUGGUGGCACCUCGUCGUCGGCUCAGCUCCUAUUCGGCGCAGGCACUUCCCGAAGCAUCCGUGCCUGGUCAGCACCUGCCCCAGAUGAAAGGUGAAUCGUCCUCCGCCACAAUUCACCCAGUCAUCAAAGACCGGGUAAACCGCAUCAACGGUCUAUAG